CAUAAAAAUCGCGAAUCCGACGCCUCUCAUAAUUUCCUUCUCUGCCUAUAAAUUCCUACUCCCAAAAUCAAAACAAAAACCUACCAAACACAGCGCUACAGCGAGAAUUAGGGGAGGCGGUUUUCUCCGGAAAGGAUUCAUAGUUCUAAUAGCAAUUGAUCGAUCUAUGCAACCGAGGACGGAUAACCCAUCGGUUGUGAAACUGGCCAUCGCUUCCCAUUCUCGAUACUGUGAAUGCUGCUUCUUCUCUGAUUAUGAUUAUUAUGAGCUGGUUUGAUGAUAAUCUCCGCUCCGCCAACAAUCUCAGCCGCUUCAUUGCCGGCCUCUUGUUGUUCCUCCUUUAUCACUCUUCUCAAUUGAUUUCCAAUUUCCCUGUUCCUAUACACCCGUAAAUUCCCCUCUUUCUUCGUUUCGAGAUCCGAUUGUGUUUUUGUGAGAUCGAUUUUGGUUUCGGUUGCUUCUUCGAAUUUCAGAGAGUGGGCGGAGGUAGAGCGAGAUUUCGUGGUUGUCGUAUGAUGGAAUUCAAAUAUGGCGAUGAUUCUCUCUCCGGUGACUUUUAUGAUGACAUUUAUGCGUCCCUUGCUGAUAGAUCAAACAGUGCUUCACCUUCUGUUAUUGUCAUUGGUGGGGGUAUAUCAGGGAUUGUUGCUGCGCGCACGCUUCAGAAUGCAUCUUUUAAGGUGAUCUUAUUGGAAUCUCAAGAUAGAAUUGGUGGGCGCAUCCACACAGAUUACUCAUUUGGUUGCCCGGUGGACAUGGGAGCUUCAUGGUUACACGGUGUUUGCAACGAGAAUCCCUUGUCUCCUGUCAUCCGUCGGUUGGGCCUCACAAUGUAUCGUACAAGUGGUGAUGACUCCAUUCUAUAUGAUCAUGAUUUGGAAAGUUAUGCACUUUUCGACAGAAAUGGGCAACAAGUUCCUCCAAAUAUAGUCACUGAAGUUGGAGUCACAUUUAAGAAAAUCCUUGAGGAGACGGAUAAAGUGAGGGAUGGACAGAUCAGUGACAUGUCUGUUAAAGAAGCAAUUUUGAUCGUGCUGGAAAAGAAUCCAGAGUUAAGACAAGAAGGCCUUGCUUAUGAAGUGUUGCAGUGGUAUAUAUGUCGAAUGGAGGCUUGGUUUGCUGCAGAUACAGAAAUGAUAUCACUGAGAGCCUGGGAUCAGGAACAACUCCUUUCUGGUGGUCACGGGCUUAUGGUGCAAGGGUAUGAUCCUGUGAUAAAGGCACUGUCAAGAGAUAUUGAUAUUCGCUUAAAUCAUCGGGUAAAAAAGAUUGUCAAUGGGUAUAAGAAGGUUACAGUAGCAGUUGAAGAUGGGAGGAACUUUGUUGCAGAUGCUGUAAUUAUCACUGUUCCAUUGGGUGUUCUAAAGGCGAAGGUAAUUGAGUUUGAGCCUAAGCUCCCCGAAUGGAAAUUAUCUGCAAUAUCAGAUCUUGGGAUAGGGAAUGAGAACAAGAUCGCAUUGAAAUUUGACCAUGUGUUUUGGCCUAAUGUGGAGUUCUUGGGCGUUGUUGCCAACACUUCAUAUUCUUGUGGCUACUUUCUGAAUCUGCACAAGGCAACGGGUCAUCCAGUCCUUGUCUACAUGGCAGCCGGAGCUCUUGCCAACGAUCUAGAGAAGCUGUCUGAUGAGGCUGUUGCUGAUUUUGUGAUGGUGCAGCUGAAGGGAAUGUUUUCGGAUGCCACAGAGCCUGUCCAGUAUCUUGUAUCGCGUUGGGGAAUGGAUCCCAACAUCCGGGGAUGCUACUCGUAUGACGCAGUGGGUAAUUCGGAUGAUAUAUAUGACCGGCUGCGGGCUAGCGAGGGGAAUAUCUUCUUUGGAGGUGAAGCAGUGAGCGUGGAUCAUCAAGGUUCGGUUCAUGGUGCGUAUUCAGCAGGAGUUAUGGCGGCUGAAAACUGUGAGAGGCAUCUGAUGCAGAGGAUGGGAACGCUGGAAAGGAACCCCCUCGUUGCUUGUCGAGAGGAAAUUGUUGAAAUAACUGUUCCUCUUCAGAUCUCUAGAUUGUGAAGAUUGUUGUUUUUUUUGUCUUUUUCCUCUGAGAUUUGGCAUAAGCCUUUAGUCUCAUUGUCACUCUACUGUUUCUCCCUUGGAUGUUAUUCUCAAACUUUGGAUUCUAUUUCUAUUUCUAUUUCUUGUUUUAA